GGGAUGCGGAGGAGAGGAAGACAUUAGAGAGAGAGAGAGAGAGAGAGGUGGUCCUACCCUGAAUGCGGACAGAAGGAGGAGGACAGUAACAGUAACUGUGUAGCUGUGUGUGUGUGUCUCAUCUUGAAACACGGUGCUGGUUUCACGGUUCCACCGUCGUAACGUUAUCGAGCAGCAUCAGCAUCACUUCGCCUCCUGCGCAUCAUCAUCAUCCGCGACUCCGAGCAGGAGAAGACUCUCCGCAUCACAGCGAGGCUCGGUUAGAUCGAACGCCUCCUCUUCCUCCUAUGAGAUAAGGUGAACAGGUUUUGAUCCCUGCUCCUGAUCUGUUUUGGGAACCUGUUGUAAUCCAGCUGGAUCCAGAUGAUGGAGCGCCUGCUGUGUCUGCUGGUCCUCAGCUCGGUAGCCCUGAAGGAGGCUGUCGGUGGAGACGUGUGUGUAUCGGGUCAUGACAGCGGGCCAGUGUUUGAAGAACAGCCAAACGGUCUAAUCUACCCAGAGGGCCUCAGUGAAGGCAAGGUGACUCUCAGCUGUCAGGCCAGAGCUAGUCCAGCUGCAUCCUACAGAUGGCUUGUGAACGGCACAGAGGUCCCGCUGGGUAUGGACCUGCGCUACACCCUGGUGGCCGGCAACCUGGUGAUCAGCAGCCCCGAGUCUGUUCGAGACACGGGCUCUUAUCAGUGUCUGGCCAUCAACCGCUGCGGCACCAUCAUCAGCCGAGCAGCUAACCUCAAAUUUGGCUACCUCCAUGACUUCCCUCCGGACAGCAGGAGUCCUCAGACAGCGUAUGAAGGCAUAGGAGCUUUCCUGGCCUGCCAGCCCCCGACACAUUACCCAGCUCUGUCCUACCGCUGGUUAAUCAACGAGUUUCCCAACUUCAUCAAGCAGGACGACGGCCGCUGGUUCGUGUCACAGGUAACGGGGAACUUGUACGCGGCUAAAGCGGAGCCCAACGACACCGGGAACUACUUCUGCUUCACCACCAUCAACAUGGACAUCAGCACCAAGAGUACCUUCAGCAAGGCCAACCAGCUCACUGUGCUGCCUGAUGCCAAUCCCAGGAAGUCAGCUCCGAACAUCAAAGUGCGCUUCCCUGCAGAGACCUAUGCCCUCGCAGGACACACCACUCAGUUAGAGUGCUUCGCCUAUGGAAACCCAGUCCCCAAACUGCGGUGGAGGAAGGUGGACGGUUUGAUGCCGUCCAAGGCAGGCUCCAGUGCCGAGGGUCCCACCCUCAUCCUGCCAGACCUCUCCUUCGACGACGAGGGCGUUUACGAAUGUGAAGCCUACAACUCAGAGGGAAGUGACACAUACCAGGGACGCAUCAGUGUGCAAGCUCAACCAGAGUGGUUGCAGGUGAUGAGCGACUCAGAGGUGGAGAUCAGUUCGGAGCUUCUCUGGGGUUGUGUUGCUGCCGGUAAACCACGACCCUCCAUACGCUGGCUACGCAACGGACAUCCACUCACCACACAGGACCGGGCAGAGGUGAAUGGGGCUCGUCUUAAGAUCAAUAACCUGGCCCUGGAGGAUUCUGGGAUGUACCAGUGUGUGGCUGAGAACAAACAUGGAACCAUCUACUCCACUGCUGAGCUCAGAGUCCAAGUUCAGGCUCCAGACUUCAGGUUGAAUCCAGUAAGGAGACUGAUCCCAGCAGCCAGGGGGGGACAGGUGAUGAUCGAGUGUCGCCCUCGAGCCGCCCCGAAGCCCAGCCUGUUCUGGAGCCGUGGGACAGAGCUGCUCACCAACAGCACCAGAGUCACAGUUACUCCAGACGGCAUCUUAUGGAUCCACAACAUCAGCAGGGCGGACGAAGGGAAGUACACCUGCUUUGCUGAAAACUACCUGGGAAAAGCCAACAGUACCGGACACCUGUCUGUCAGAGAUGCCACUAAGAUCACGCUGGCUCCUUCCAACGCCGACAUCAACCAAGGGGAAAAUGUGACGCUGCAGUGUCACGCCUCCCACGACCCCACCAUGGACCUGACCUUCACCUGGGCCCUCAACGGGGUCCUGCUGGACCUGGAGGACUCUGCCGGUCCGUACCACCGGGUGGAGGGGAAGGAAAACAUCGGUGACCUGUUGACUGUAAGUGCUCAGCUGAGUCAAGCAGGGAUGUACACCUGCACAGCUCAGACUGUGGUGGACAGCGCCUCAGCUUCAGCCAAACUUGUGGUUCGAGGCCCCCCAGGACCUCCCGGAGGUUUACUGGUGAAGAACGUCGCCGAGGCAUCGGUGGAGCUCAGGUGGAGUCGAGGCUACGAUAACCACAGUCCCAUCGGCAAAUAUGUCAUCAUGGGCCGAUCGUCGCUCUCAUCAGAGUGGAAGAAGAUGAGGACAGACCCGGUGAACAUCGAGGGGAAUGCGGAGUCAGCUCGUGUGAUGGGCCUGAUGCCCUGGAUGGAUUAUGAGUUCCAGGUCAUCGCCAGCAACAUCCUGGGCAGCGGAGAGCCCAGCGUGCCCUCACACACCAUCCGCACGCAGCAAGCAGCUCCCACAGUGGCCCCCAGUGGUCUUGGAGGAGGGGGAGGAGACCGCAAUGAACUCAUUGUUACCUGGACGCCCAUGGCCAGAGAGUACCAGAAUGGCGAUGGCUUUGGCUACACCCUGGCAUUCAAGAAGCAAGACGCACCGUCGUGGACGGUGGUGCGUAUUCCUCACGUGGAGUCGUCCCGACACGUUUACUACAACGAGAGCCUGACGCCGUACAGCCCCUUCGAGGUGAAGAUCAAAGCUUAUAACCGCAGAGGAGAAGGUCCGUUCAGCCAGAUCGCCGGGGUCUACUCUGCAGAGGAAGAGCCAACGGUGGGACCGUCGAUGCCCAACGCCACGGCGUUGACCGCCUUUGAGAUCCUGGUUUCAUGGGAGCCCGUCCAGCAGCUCAGCGCCAACGGCAUCCUCAGAGGAUAUGAGAUUCGGUACUGGCGGCAGCACGAGCGGGACGCGGCAGCGGACCGAGUGCGGACAGCGGGACUGGAAACGACAGCCAGAGUGUCCGGACUAAGACCCAGCACCCGAUACCACGUCGCCAUUCUGGCGUACAACAGCGCCGGUACCGGGCCGCCCUCGCCGCGCACCACCGUCACCACCAGGAAACCACCUCCUAAUCGCCGUCCAGGCAACGUGUCGUGGAAGACCGACGGCUCCACGGUAACGGUGAGGUGGGACCACGUGAAGGCCAUGCACAAUGAGUCAGCUGUCCUGGGCUACAAAGUUCUGUACAAACACGAGGGCCAGACGGCGCUGAAGGUUCUGGACAAGUCGAAGACGUCAAUGAGCCUGCCGCUGCCGAAAGACAACGGUUACGUGGUGUUGGAGAUCCGGUCCUGGGGAGAAGGCGGGGACGGGCCGGCGCACGAGAUCAUCGUGUCCCGGGACUCAGGAACUGGUAUGAUGGUGCAGAACGAGGCCUCCUCCACACCGUCCGGUCCUCUCCGCCUCCUCGCCGGCUUGCUCCUACUCACUCUGGUGUCGUCGUCAGGCCUGUGAUCUCAGCCAAUCUGUGGACUUUUUUGCUUUUAACGGCUUAAACUAAAGCUGUCCUGUGUCUCAGCCUGUGUUUUUGGGGCGGGGUGGGGUUCUGGUGGUCGGGGGGGAGGUUGUAGCAAAGCAGCGAUUGGACGGGUGAGGGAAGAAGGACGGGUUUUCAUUUUUUAAAUAAUAAAAAAAAAGGUUUUUUUAAAAGUCUGGAUGGGUUGUGAACGGGUCGGGGGAGGAGCGGGGGGGCAGCCCUGUCUGGUUGUGUAUUUGUGUACCGGUGUCAGUAAAAACCAUGCCUUAUGGGGACCAUCACAUCUGUGGCUGACGCGUCUCACACACGUGUCCUCCAAACUGUAGCUGGCGAGACACAGACUUCAGGUGUAAUUUAUUCAUAGAAUCAAUGAUGAUGUGUAGAACUCGUGUACAUACGGUACGGUCUGACACGUGACGGGUGUCGGCCUGUUCACUCUGAAAGCAACUGGACUGAUGAGUGUCUGGUGGUGUAAAGAGCUAUAAAGGUCUGCAGCUACAAUAUUAAGAACAGCACCUCGUGCAUUUUUCCCUGCUAGGUAUAUAUACUGUCAGAAGUGUAUGGUCAACGUUCCUGAAAAAAAUGGAAUUUAAAAGUGUUGGAAAAGCCUUUUGACAAUGACAAAAGUCACCAAAUUGUCCACAUCAAAUUAUUUACAGCGUUUACAACAUGAAACUCAAAGAUAUCACUUUCAUAUCAAUAGAUAUUUAAAGGGGACAUAUCAUGAUAAACUAUUUUUCAGAGCUUGUGCGCAUCCAUCUGGGUACCUGGAGUUCCUAGCAACCCACAAAACUGUGAAAUAAGACAACCCAGUCAGUUUAUUUGUGGGCUGUCUAGAUCAGAAAACAUGUGAUUCAACAAGCCAAUCAGAUGUGACUUCCCUUCCUAUGUCACAUGCAGCUCAU